UUUUGUCUAAUGCCUGAAGUUCCUCUCACCUCCCCACCAUGGAGAGGUGUGCAUUGGGCUUUGAGUUGAAGUAAAGGUUUCUGGCUGAAGAUCCAUCUAGACAGGGACAAAAGAGUGUGAGUGGCACUUUAAUCAAUGAUUCCAGGUAAGCUCAUGAUCCUAAAAUCUUUGUGACUGAUUAAAGGUGGGAGACUCCAUCAAUUUUUUUUCCCAGUCCAUAGGCCCUCCAGGAAGUAGGCAGGUAGUAAAAUAAAUAAACUCUGCUUUACUUAGCACUCUCUCAGCAUCAGUGUUACUAGCCAGGGCUGAGAAGGAAAGUGUUGCUUCAAAGUUGUCUCAGGGUUAAAGCAUAUGUUUGUGUCAUUUGAAGGAGAUCGUGUCUUGUCUCUACUAAUGGCCCACUGUGAAACUAUAGAUAAGGAAAUGUGCCUAGAUGGGCCUUUCCCCACAGACAAAGCCACAAGUACAAUUACCUGUUUCCCAGGGGAGACCAAGGCAAUAAUAUGUUGAGCUGUUGAGCAGUAAGGUACUAAAUUAAGCGUAUCGGUGAUUAUAAUGAAGAUUAGUAUAUAGGACACAUCCAAAGUGAAGACAUCUUCUGAGCUUCCACAUUUACAGGUGGAAAGAUGAAGUCACUAAAGCUCAGGGUCAGCCUUCCCAGAAGCACUAGAAUUAUAACUCAGAGAAUCUGAUCCCUAGUUUCCAGCCAAUAGACUAAAUUAUGUCCCCUUUACUCAUAUAUGGAAUAUGUCCAUGUCGUCAAAUGAAUUCUUACCACCUGCUUUUGCUUUUGAAGCCCAGUCCUUCAUUUCCUUCUCUGUUAACUGACCAAGCAUCCGUCCAAAAAGAGAUUGUUGAUAAGCAUAACAACUUAAGGAGGAUGACUGAUCCCCCAGCUCGCAACAUGCUGAGAAUGGUCUGGAAUGCAGAAGCUGCAAAAAAUGCUGAAAACUGGGGAAAGAUGUGUACCUUGUCCCACAGUCCCAAAGAGAAAAGAAGAAUUAGCUUUGCUGGUUGUGGAGAAAAUUUAUUCAUGUCUAGUUACCUCAGCUCAUGGUCUGAUGCUAUCCAAGCUUUUUAUGAUGAAGUGCAAGAUUUUAAGUAUGGAUUUGGGGCCACCAAAGAAGAUGCUGUAAUAGGUCAUUACACACAGCUUGUUUGGGCCACUUCCCACCAGCUGGGUUGUGCAGUGGUUCACUGUCCCUACCAGGAACUCCAGUACUACUUCGUUUGCCAUUACUGUCCUCCAGGAAACUUUAAAGAUACUCUUGUGACCCCUUAUAAGAUUGGGAAGCCAUGCGAAGAUUGUCCUGAACACUGUGACAAGGGAUUGUGCACCAAUCCCUGCAUGUACGAGGAUGAAUAUAGCAACUGCCCGGAUUUAGCCAAAAACCCUGGGUGUGAUGACGAAAACAUCAAGAAGAUGUGUCAGGCUUCCUGCAAAUGUCUGACAGAAAUUAAAUGAAACUUUCAGCCAAGAAGCCUCUUCACAGCCAUGGGGGCUCACAGUAAACAACAUGCAUCGGCUUUAAAGUUCGCUCAUGGUCAGGGUGUCUGCUUAGUAUUUUCUAUCCAUUUUAUUUGACAACCUAUUAAAAUCACUCAACAUA